GCUGAAACAGAAAGUAAAGUUGUUCUUUUGUUCAGGAUCCAUUUUGAGACGACAGAGCAGAAAACACUAUAUGAAGAUUAUUGAAAAAUAAAGGGUCAGUGCUCUAAAAUGAGUCUCUCUGGGGAGAGAGGGGAGGGGGGCCCUGCCUCUAAAAUGCAUCUCUCUGGGGGACAUGACACCAAAGCUAAGAGCCCAAUCAAGCAGGAGAGACCAGCCUCCCCUGUUCCCAGCUGUGUGUCCAUGAAGAGUGACCGGUCUAUUAGUCAACCUCUAAACUUAAGAGAGGGAGACUUUUCUACUGAACAAAGUCCAAUCCAGCAGGAGAGACCAGCCUCCCCUGUUCCUAGCUGUGUGUCCAUGAAGAGUGACCGGUCUAUGAAACCUCCUCUAACCUUUAGAGAGGGAGACUUUUCUACUGAACAAAGAAACCAACAGGAGAGAUCAGAGUCAGAGAUUCUCAGUGGUCAGUCUUCCCAGAGUCAUCAAACAGACCUGGCCUCCAUAUUCAGUUUGCUCGAAGAGAAAAUUAUGACAUUUAUGAAGAACGAGCUGAAGAUGUUCAAGAGGAUUCUUAGUCCAGAACUCCCAGAAGGCUUUGAGAGUCAGAAGCAGGAUAAGGAAGUGGUGGAUGCUGAAGAUGAGAAGCAGGAGAGCAGUGCCAGAGAGGGGGCUCUGAAGAUCACACUGCACAUCCUGAGGAAAAUGAACCAGAAGGAGCUUGCUGACACACUGGAUAAAUAUUCAGAUGAUCCUGCUGUGAUUUGCCAACGUGAACUCAAAUCAAAUCUAAAGAAGAAGUUUCAAUGUGUAUUUGAGGGGAUCGCUAAACAAGGAAACCCAACACUUCUCAAUAGGAUCUACACAGAGCUCUACAUCACAGAGGGUGGAACAGGAGAGGUCAAUAAUGAACAUGAGCUGAGACAGAUUGAGACAACAACCAGGAAACAAGCAAGACCAGAGACUGCAAUCAAAUGUAACGACAUCUUCAAACCCUUAACUGGACAAGACAAACCUAUCAGAACUGUGCUGACAAAGGGAGUCGCUGGCAUUGGAAAAACAGUCUCUGUGCAGAAGUUCAUUCUGGAUUGGGCUGAAGGAAAAGCUAAUCAGGAUGUCCAAUUUGUAUUUUCAUUCCCUUUCCGGGAGCUGAAUUUGAUGAAAGAGGACAACUACACUUUCAUUGAACUUCUCAAUCACUUCUCAAUGGAAACUAAAGAUUCAAGAAUCUCCAACUACAACAAGUACAAAGUUCUGUUCAUCUUUGAUGGUCUGGAUGAGUGCCGACUGCCCCUAGACUUCCAGAAGAACAAGAUCUGUUGGGACGUCACAGAGUCAACCUCAGUGGAUGUUCUGCUGACAAAUCUCAUCAAGGGAAAUCUGCUUCCCUCUGCUCUCAUCUGGAUAACUACCCGACCUGCAGCAGCCAAUAAGAUCCCUUCAGGGUGUGUUGACCAGGUGGCAGAGGUACCAGGGUUCAAUGACCCACAGAAGGAGGAGUACUUCAGGAAGAGAUUCAGUGAUGAGGACCUGGCCAGCAGAAUCAUCUCACACAUAAAGACAUCAAGGAGCCUCCACAUCAUGUGCCACAUUCCAGUCUUCUGUUGGAUUUCUGCAACAGUCCUUGAACACAUGCUGGAACAUAAGAGAGAAGAGAUGCCCAAGACUCUGACUGAGAUGUACACACACCUUGUGGAGUUUCAUACCAAACAGAAGAAUGAAAAGUAUCUUGGGAAAGAAGAGACAGAUCCACACUGGAAUAAAGAAAACAUUCUGUCACUGGGAAAACUGGCUUUUCAACAGCUUGUGAAGGGCAAUCUGAUUUUCUAUGAAGAAGACCUGAAAGAGUCUGGCAUUGAUGUCAAUGAAGCCUCAGUGUACUCAGGAUUGUGCACACAGCUCUUUAAAGAGGAACGUGGGCUGUACCAGUACAAGGUGUACUGCUUUGUUCAUCUGAGCAUUCAGGAGUUUCUGGCUGCUGUAUAUGUGUUCCUCUCAUUCAUCAACAACAAUGAGAAUCUAAUGGACAAACUGCAAACAAAAGACAAGUCUGUAGUUACUUUCUACAAGAGUGCUGUGGACAAAGCCUUACAAAGUGAGACAGGAAACCUGGACCUUUUCCUCCGCUUCCUUCUUGGCCUCUCACUGGAGUCCAAUCAGAAGCACUUACGAGGUCUACUGACAAAGACAAGAAGCAGGUCAAAGACCCAUGAAGAAACAGUCAAGUACAUCAAGGAGAGGAUCAGGGAGAAUCCCUCUCCAGAGAGGAGCAUCAAUCUGUUCCACUGUCUGAAUGAACUGAAUGACCAUUCUCUAGUGGAGGAGAUCCAAAGCUACCUGAGAUCAGGAAGUCUCUCAAAACCCAACCUGUCACCUGCACAGUGGUCAGCUCUGGUCUUUGUGUUGCUGACUUCAGAAAAGGAGCUGGAUGUGUUUGACCUGAAGAAAUACUCCAGAUCAGAGGAAGGUCUUCUGAGGCUGCUGCCAGUGGUCAAAGCCUCCAGAGCUGUUCUUCAUGAUGAUCUCUUUGUCAGGCUGUCAGGCUGUGGAGUCACAGAGGAAGGCUGUGCUUCUCUGGUCUCAGCUCUGGAGUCAAACCCCUCACACCUGAGAGAGCUGGAUCUGAGUAACAAUGACCUGAAGGAUUCAGGAGUGGAGCUGCUCUCUGCUGGACUGGGGAAUCCCCACUGUCCUCUGUUAUUGGUAAUGGUGAGAGUCACAGAGGAAGGCUGUGCUUCUCUGGUCUCAGCUCUGGAGUCAAACCCCUCACACCUGAGAGAGCUGCAUCUGAGUAACAACGACCUGAAGGAUUCAGGAGUGAAGCUGCUCUCUGCUGGACUGGGGAAUCCCCACUGUCAACUGGAGACUCUGAGGCUGUCAGGCUGUCUAGUCACAGAGGAAGGCUGUGCUUCUCUGGUCUCAGCUCUGAGGUCAAACCCCUCACACCUGAGAGAGCUGGAUCUGAGUAACAAUGACCUGAAGGAUUCAGGAGUGAAGCUGCUCUCUGCUGGACUGGAGAAUCCCCACUGUAAACUGGAGACUCUGAGGCUGUCACGCUGUCUAGUCACAGAGGAAGGCUGUGCUUCUCUGGUCUCAGCUCUGAGGUCAAACCCCUCACACCUGAGAGAGCUGGACCUGAGCUACAAUCACCCAGGAGACUCAGGAGUCAGACUGCUCUCUGCUGGACUGGAGGAUCCACACUGCAGACUGGAGAAACUCAAUGUGGAACAUGGUGGAGAGUACACAAUGAAACCUGGGAUUAGAAAAUAUGUCUGUGAUCUCACACUGGACCCAAACACAGUAAACAGACGCCUCUCUCUGACUGAGGGGAACAGAAAGGUGACAUGUAGGAGAGAGGAGCAGCCGUAUCCUGAUCACCCAGAGAGAUUUGAGGACUGUGAACAGGUGCUGUGUAGAGAGGGUCUGACUGGGUGCUGUUACUGGGAGGUAGAGUGGAGUGGGAGAAGAGCUGAUAUAGGAGUGACAUAUAAAGGAAUCAACAGGAGAGGAAGGGGUGAUGAAUGUUGGCUUGGAUACAAUGACAAGUCCUGGAGUCUGUUCUGCUCUGACAACAGUUACGCUGCCUGGCACAAUAGUAACGACACUACCAUAGACGUCCGCCCUAGCUCCCACAGGGUAGGAGUGUAUCUGGACUGGCCAGCCGGUACUCUGUCCUUCUAUAGAGCCUCCUCUGACACACUGACCCACCUGUACACAUUCACCUCCACAUUCACUGAGCCCCUCUAUCCAGGGUUUGGGGUUUAUAAUGUUGACUCCUCAGUGUCCCUGUGUCAGAGACACUGACACACACUGGACACACACACACUGGACACACACACACACACACACACACACACACACACACUGGACACACACACACACACUGGACACACACACACACACUGGACACACACACACACACACGGUCUCCAUGUGUUUGAUUAUAUAAUUUACUGUGUUAAUAAAUGAGGAGAGUUUACAAACCACACACAACCUCAUCUUUUAAUAAUAUGAGCUUCAUCCCUGUGACUCUCAAAUCAAUUCAGUGUUUAUUAAUGAGAGUGUUUAGAAAAUAAUAUUUAGUAUCUUUUAUAGCCAAGAUACACCCCUCUCAACUCACAUGACGAACCACAGAUCUUAGGAUCUUCACAAAGGUACCAAAACAUCACCUUAACAGAUACAUUCACAUUGGAAGACAAUGUUCAAUUCUGACUUCUCCCUUUCUGAUAUUUUCUGAUCUGACCUCUCCCCUCUCUGGGCCCCAAGUGACUUUCCCUAACCUCUUGGAACUCUAGGGGCAGUAUUUCAUUUUUGGAUGAAAAAAACGUUCCCAUUUUAAACAAGAUAUUUUGUCACGAAAAGAUGCUCGACUAUGCAUAUAAUUGACAGCUUUGGAAAGAAAACACUCGGACGUUUCCAAAACUGCAAAGAUAUUAUCUGUGAGUGCCACAGAACUGAUGCUACAGGCGAAACCAAGAUGAAACUUCAAACAGGAAAUGAGCAACAUUUUUGAGGCGCUGUUUUCCAAUGUCUCCUUAUAUGGCUGUGAAUGCGCCCUGAACAAGCCUACACGUUCUGCCGUUUCCCCAAGGUGUCUGUAGCAUUGUGACGUAUUUGAAGGCAUAUCAUUGGAAGAUUGACCAUAAGAGACCACAUUUACCAGGUGUCCGCCCGGUGUCCUGCGUCGAAAUUGGUGCGCAAUCUUCAGCUGCAAGUCUUCUUCCAUGUGAUUUCAGAGGAGAAAGCAGACU